AUGUCUCGCUUAGGCAGACGACACUUCAUAUCUCACUCUCCUGAGCUCUACGCUGAAACACAGAACGGUCAAGGCGAGAAGAUUCCCGAGGAAGAUCUGCACCGAUACACCAGGCACCGAUGGCUGUUUAACGAAGAGAAAGAACUCUCUGAGCGUUACGUGGAGUUUGACCUAGAGCAACUGGUUCAGGUUGCCGUCAGUGUUUGUGAGGGAGCUCAAUCAUACACCAGAGUCACAAAGUGUGCAGAAGGCCUACACAACAAAGCAUUUAUUUUGACAAUGGAUAACGGUUGCGAGGUUUUCGCAAAGCUCCCAAAUCCCAACGCCGGGCCUGCUCGUUUCACAAUUGCAUCCGAGAUCGCUACACGCAAGUUGCUUUCAGACGUGUUGAAGCUCCCUGUUCCUCGAGUCCUAGCAUGGUCCUUUGACGCGGCAAGUAAUCCUGUCGGGGCUGAGUAUAUCAUUGAAGAAAAAGCGCCUGGUGUUCGACUUGGCUCUGUUUGGAAUCAAUGGCCUCGACAGUCAAAGCUCCAAUUAAUCACCCAAGUGAUUGAUAUUCAGAACAAUUUAGCCGAUGUGACUUUCGAUAUGCACGGCUGCAUUUAUUUCAAAGAUGAUCUUCGCUCCCUGGGCGAGGAACCCAAAGAAGUCAACAUUCAGUCUGCUACAACCAGCGUCCCUGAUACGUUUGCCAUAGGACCUCUUACUACCGGCGAAUUGUGGAACGGGGAGCAUCCCGACGAUGGUCUUGCUCUUUUGACCAACUAUAUGAAAGUUCCUCCUUAUCUCAUUCCUCGAUCCACCAACGAAGCAGUGUCCAACGAAGCAGUGUCCAACGAAGCAGUGUCCAACGAAGCAGUGUCCAACAACGUUCUAAUGCACCCCGAUCUUCAUCUGGACAACAUCUUCGUUGAUCCAGAGACCCUUCAAAUCACACGUAUCGAUGUGUACCCACCAUGGGCCUCUCAGGAAGGCUGGGCCGUGCCCGAUCUACCAGAAGACUUUGACAACCUAAGUACAGAGGAACAACGCAAGAUUGACGAUGAUCUAGAGAGUCAGAUCCUUCACAAGUACUACGAGGCCCAGGUGUAUAAACGAUCGCCUCAUUACUGGUCUGUCUUCCAAGAUAGCAGGAACCCUAUCAUCCGGAAACCAGUUUGGCUCGUCAAGGGAGUAUGGGAACACCGCAAUCUAUUUUUCCUUCGCCAAUCACUCAUGUCGCUCUUCGCUCACUGGGAAGAACUUUUCCCAGAUGUCCCAUGUCCGAUCAGUUUCACCAAUGAGGAUGUCGAGCUUCAUUCUAAGGAAGAGGAGAACAUAAAUGCCGUGCUCCCGGUGCACGGUAUGGUCGAACCCAAAGACUAUGAUACAGCCCUCAAGAAUAGCCGGAAAUUCAAAGACAUCUUCAUCGGAUUGGCCAAAGAUGACGAAGAGAAGGAACUAUUCACGAAACUUUGGCCAUAUCAGGAACCCGCAGACACUGAGUGA